CAAAUGGUCACACGUGUAGGCCUAUCACUGGUAGUCUAUUUGACUGAAGCACUAUCUUCAAUCCCCCUUAAGAGAGAGAAACCCCCAUUGAGUUGACUCGCCCUUUCAUUUCUUUUUCUUUUUCUUCCCCUUUUUUACUCGGUGCUCAUCAUCAUUCAUCAUCACCAAUCUUUAAACAGAACAAAGGAGGGAAGAAGAAGAAGAUAAUUACAAGAAUAUUUGGUUAAACGCUGUUUCUUUUUAGGGUAUAGCUUUGACCUUUUGAGGAUUGAGAGUGGUGUGUUUGGUGAGAUAUGGCGGUGGAGCUUAUGAUGAGCAGCUACGGUGGUGGUAGAGUCAAAGGAGGAGGAGGAGGAGACGGGUUUUCUGCAAAAAUGGAAGACACAGCCCUGAGAGAAGCUGCUUCCGCGGGGAUUCACGGCGUUGAGGAGUUUCUUAAACUGAUCGGUCAAAGUCAACCGACUGAAGAGAACAAGACGGAGAUAACGGCGGUGACGGACGUCGCUGUUAACAGCUUCAAGAAGGUGAUUUCUCUUCUCGGCAGAUCUAGAACCGGACACGCUAGAUUCAGACGAGCUCCCACGGCGAUGAAAACAGAGGAUCGAGGAGGAGAGUGGAAGACGGAGGAGGAGAAGCCAGGAACCACCGCAGCGAUUAACAGACAGAAAACAGAGCAGUACGGUGGAUCUGCGUUUAGAGUUUACUGUCCGACUCCAAUACAUCGCCGUCCUCCUUUAUCACACAACAGCAACAACAACCAGACAAAGAAUGGUUCGUCUUCUUCGGCUCCGAUAUUCGGAAAACCACAAGAGCUUCUUCCGUCGUCAACGAUAAACUUCGCGCCGUCGCCUCCUGUCUCAGCGGCGAACUCGUUCAUGUCUUCUCACAGAUGCGAAACAGACAGUAAUCAAAUGUCAUCAGGAUUCGAGUUCACUAACCCAUCAUCUCAGGUCUCGGGUUCGAGAGGAAAGCCUCCGUUAUCGUCAGUUUCGAUGAAGAGAAGAUGUAACUCUUCUCCCUCAAGCCGCUGCCAUUGUACCAAGAAAAGGAAGUCAAGAGUGAAAAGAGUGAUAAGAGUUCCUGCGGUAAGCAGCAAGAUGGCUGAUAUUCCAUCAGACGAGUAUUCAUGGAGAAAAUACGGUCAAAAACCCAUCAAAGGCUCUCCUCAUCCUCGGGGAUAUUACAAGUGCAGCAGCGUGAGAGGUUGUCCGGCGCGUAAGCACGUGGAGCGUGCACUGGACGAUGCGAUGAUGCUUAUCGUGACCUACGAAGGAGACCACAAUCACGCUUUGGUGCUCGAGACGCUUCCUGACAAAACUCUUUAAAUUCGGUCGUUGCCGGCGUCAAAUCUGAGCCGUUCGAUUUGAAAGGGGGUUUUGAAGUGACCCUACUGUUGUUGUCUGUCCACAAUCCACCAGAUUAGUCAACGACACAGUGGGCCUAAACUGCACUUUUUUUUAUAUAUAUAUAUAUUCUUUUAAAUUUGGAAAGCUUUUGCUUUAUUUUGCUUUAAUUGGAGAGAAUAGAGGCAAAGAUAAAGACGAGAGUAACGUUGUGGAUCCGAUGGAAGUUGAAUCAUGUGAAAGUCCUUUUCAGUUUAUUUUUAUUUUUCCUUUAGGAUAAUAUGUAGCAUAAUGUUUCCAUUUUCUUUUUUUUUAUCCGAAACUACUACAUUUUCUUGAAAUUUUAAGUUUCGAGUUGACCAAAAUUGUUUAUGAUGAUGAUUAAAAAAAACUUGCAGUUAAAA